CGAUGGAUCCGGACGGCGUGGUCACGACGACGUCGGGACGGGGGUACGUCAUGGACUUUGGCGACGUCUUCCUGCAGACGCCCGCCGACGCGACGCCGACCGCCGGUGACAGAAGCAGCGCGCCAGUGAUAGCUAUGCCGGCCGCGCCAAGCGACGCGGUGCGAUGGGGCGCGACCAAGCCCUGGCAGCUGCCUGCGUACAACUCACUCGACGACAACGCAGUGUACCUCAACCGGCAGAUCGAGCUGCAGCACGUUGGCGUACGUGCGCUGCCGGUCCGCGCCCUGCGAUUUGCGACGUCGUCGUCCGAGGACGAAGUCCGGCAGAUCAUGGACUGCAUUCACUGGCUCCUGCACUCGCGCCGGGAAGAGGUCUUGCGCAACGACGAGCUCACCGAGCAGUUUGCCAGGCUCGAGAAGGACGUUGCGCGCAAGGCGAGCCAGCUGCAGAUCGCCAACAUCCACCUCGAGAGUGAGCGCAAGAGGAACGCAGAUCUGGAGAACCUGCUUGCGGCGCGGGACGCAGCAAUGGCCCGCGAGAAGCUGGCGCUUCAAGCCGACAAGCGCGCCCUCGAAAAAAGUCACGUCGACUCGAACUACAAGGCGCAACUCCGGAAGAGCGAAGUGCAGUACGAACGCCUUCAGAAACAGUACACGCAGCACCUUAAUAAGGCGAGCUCCGAGAAGCGGGGCAUGGCACUCGGAAAGGAGCUCAACGGUCGCGCCGAGAGCUUGCGCAUGCGCAAGGACAUCCAAAAAAGAGCGCAGGGCGAGCACGCGAUCGUCAACAAGAUGCUCAAGUCGUACGAGCAGCAGCACACGACACUCGUGACCGAGAACGACACGCUGCGCCGACAACUGGUCAAGUUCCACAGCGAGCUCAAGCAACUAACGACCGAGUUCAAGGCCACGACGCGCUGGCUCACCAACCAGCAAGGUAUGCCUCAAGACGUCGAGACGCAGCUCCAGCUCGGCGACGAAAGCGUCGCGGCCAACCUCUUUACGAUGCCGAUCCUGGAUGCGUCUGCGUCAGGCAACAAUGUGCUCGCGAUGAUCGAGGACCGGCUCGAGUGUCUCCGGGCAAAGAUUGGGCGCCUCUUGGAGCUCAAGCACGAAAAGCACGUAGCGACGCUGGAAGCACAGCUGCGUGACGCGGUCCGAAUCAUUCAGGAGCAAGAUCACUUGAUUCACCUCGCGCUCGACGACGCCUCACCGAAGAUGCCGAGUGGCGAGCCGCGACUUGAGCUCUCACAGCUCGAAGACAUGAUGGAGUCGCUCUCGCACGAAAAGCAGGCGCUGGCCAUCACCGCCGAGCACAUGGAGUCGGAGCGGCACCUCUUUACACAGCAAGCCGAAAAGCUCGACCACGACCGCUUAGCGUUCGAGAUGUUUCGGCAAGAGAUCUUCCUGGACGAGACGGACGACCGCGUACGGCCAGACUCGAAGAAGCGCCACCGCCCGUCGUCGACCAACGUGCCACCGUCGCCCGUGUCGUUGCUCGGCCUGCCACUACCUCGUACGUUGGCGUCGAGAGUUGCGUUCCUGACACGCAUAUAG